AUGUACAAAUACCCAGAAAAAUAUAUAAAAACACACAAAUACGUAAAAUUCGCCACCACCGUCCACGGCCUCCGCCGCAUCACCACCACUCUCCCCACCCUCCCCGGCCUCUCCUACGCUUCCUUCUCCGACGGCUUCGACGACGGCGAUCACCCCACCACCGAUCAAACCCGAGUCAUGUCCGAGUUCAAGCGAGUCGGCUCCCAAACCGGCGGCUCUCCGGUAACCUUCAUCAUCUACACCAUCCUCCUCCCCUGGGCCGCCGCCGUGGCACGUGACAUGCACGUGCCCUCCGCUUUCUUCUCCAUUCAGUCCGCCACUACUUUCGCUAUAUUCCACACCUACUUCAACAACCCUUCGAUUUCCAUUAAAUUACCUGGACUGCCAUUGUUUUCAAGCGACGACGUACCUUCGUUUCUCUUACCUGAGAGUCCACACAGUUCUGUGAUACCUACAAUCAAAGAACACAUACAAACCCUAAAAGAAGACCCCAAUCCAUUGAUUCUCGUAAACACAUUCGAUGCUUUUGAACAAGACUCAAUCAGAGCCAUUGCUAACAUGAAGGUCAUUGCAAUCGGACCGUUAAUUCAAUCCAAAAAUUCAAUUAAAAUCGACUUGUUCGAGCGAUCUGGAGAGGACUAUAUUCAAUGGUUGGAUUCAAAACCCGAUUGCUCGGUCGUUUAUGUGUCGUUUGGAAGCAUGGUGGUGUUGGAGAAGCCUCAAAUCGAUGAGAUUUUAAAGGGUCUGGUGCAAAGUUGCCGACCAUUCUUGUGGGUUAUCAGAUCAGAAGAAUUGAAAAAAAAUGUUGAGGCUGAGUUGGGUAAAGGAAAUGGGUUGAUAGUGUCGUGGUGUUCGCAAUUGGAGGUGUUGGGGCACCAUUCGAUCGGGUGUUUCGUGACGCAUUGUGGGUGGAAUUCGACGGUGGAGAGUGUGGUUGCGGGUGUGCCGAUGGUGGGUUGUCCGGUAUUUUCGGAUCAGAUGACGAACGCGAAGAUGGUGGAGGAGGUGUGGGGGGUAGGGGUGAGAGCGGUGGUGAAUGAAGAGAAAGUGGUGGAGAGGGGGGAGAUUGAGAGGUGUUUGGAUGUGGUGAUGGGAGGGGGGGAGAGGGGAGAGGAGAUUAGAAGGAAUGUUGUGAAAUGGAAAGGGUUGGCUUUGGAGGCUGUCAAGGAGGGUGGUUCCUCAAAUAAUAAUUUCAAACAGUUUUUGGAAAGAUUAGGGUGAAAUUAUUGUAUUGUAUUGCAUUGUAUUGAAUCACCAGUUGUCAGAGAGAUAGAAGAGAAGCACGUAGCGAGGCCGAUGAAAAGGCCUUCCAGUUAAUGCGAGAAGUCAG